GAGGCGCCGAGCGCCGGGGUGGGCGGGUCGGCCGGGCUGGGCGAACGCCGCCGGGCGCCGAGCAGCAUGAGGUACAAGCCGGUGGCCGCCACGGAAGAUGGAGCCGAAGCGCGGUUGUUGCAGGAGCGGAAAGACGCCGAGAUCGAUGAGGAUUGGGGCUGUUCAUCUGUUAUUUGCUUUUGGAUUCUGACCAUCCUUGUUUUCUUCCUGGUGAUCAUCACUUUUCCAAUUUCGGGAUGGUUUGUCCUGAAGAUAGUGCCGAGCCAAGAGCGGUUUGUUGUGUUCCGUUUGGGAAGAAUUAUAGGCAGCAAAGGUCCUGGAAUUGUUCUCUUGCUGCCUUUCAUUGACCAGUGGCAGGUGGUUGAUCUCCAGAUUCAGUCUUUCAAUGUUGCACUGUUUGAGGCAGCUUGUAAAGAUGGAGCUCGGAUUGUUGUUGGUGCAACAGUCAGAUACCAUGUCUCGAAUCCAAUCCUUUCUGUGAUGGUUGUGCAGGAUAUCAGGAGUACCUUGGCGCACACUGUUAAGUCUGUGAUGACUGGCUUCCUGCUCAAGAAAACCCUUUCGAGCAUCAAGAAAAGUAAAAAUGAAAAACAAUUAUCACUUGAGAUUAACGAGAAGACCAGGUCCUGGGGUGUGGAAGUGGACCAGGUGAAUGUGGUUGUGCACAGCGUAUUGAAGUACCCGAAAGAAGUGGCUCGCAACUCAUCCACGAUUCCACCCAGCAGUCGACUAAACCUGCUUUCCGUACCCCUCCGCAAGAUAGCUGAGCGUGUUGUAAAUAGCAGUAGCUCUGCACCAUCAACACCUUCUCAGCAGACCUCUGAGUUUACCAGUGACAGUGAAGAGAAUGUUCAGAUUGUAAUUGAAGGUACUGGGUUUGAAGAAUCUGAGGAUGACAGGAUCAGUCCGGACUGGAUACUUUCCAGAGUGCAAAGUCUCCUUUCUGAGGACCUGGUGAGACAGAUUCAAGCCUGCUACCUUUUCAUUGUUAACCAAAAGAAUGGAGCUCGCAACCUGUAUUAUCUGGACCUCAGUAGAGAUUCUGGCUACGCGGGUUACGGCAUGCCCGAGAAAGAACCUGACGUGACUUUGGAAGUGACACAAAAAACCAUGCAGUCUUUGUUCACGGGAGCGACGAAGCCCUUCUCCGCGUACAUGAGCGGGCGAAUACGCAUACAAGGCGAUUUGAAAGUUGCGAUGAAGCUGGAAGAUUUAAUCAAGAAGCUGCAGCAGUGACACAGCCUGGGCACAGACUGCUGAGUUUUACAUCAUGUAUUUUAUUUACAUUCUUGUUAUUUUUCUCAAAAGUUCUAUACUAAUCAAUUGUUAAUAGUUUAUGGACUAGUCCACUCCUGGAAAAAAUAAACUUGUAAUGCUAGGUU